CACUCAUUGACGCUUCGGGGCCGGCUAGCAGCGACUACCUACCUCCGUGGGUUCUGCACUCGAGUUGCUCGAGAGCCUGGACCGGGCCGAGGAUCACCGGGGAGAAUGAUGAGCCGUUGAUAAGCUCGGUAGUCUGGCACGGUUCUUUGGCCCGUCGGUUUGUCGGUGUGUUCCCUCCACCACGCCGGGGGUGUACCGGGAGUCGCUUUAGGUCGAGUUCGACUAGCUCUUGUCAGCAUCCGAUCCCGAAGUGAGAACAUAUCCUGUUAGCGGUGCGCCUGACCCCCGAUGACGCUCGGGAUUGUCAGAUCUUUGGUCAAGAUCGCGGGGGGGAUCAGAGCCAUUCAUAUUGGCCGUGAAUUAUUUCGAAUGAAUUCUCCCGUUUUACAUCUGUCCAUGCGUUGAAUCCGUUCGACGACGUAUCUAUAUCCGCGUUGCGUCCGUCCGCUGCUUCUUCUUUCUCGUUCAAUAACCACCUAUCCGAGGAUUUCAAUUAUCUUGUACCCUCGUUUAACGCCGUUUGUACUCACGCUAUGCGAAACUGGUGUCGGAUGAUAUUGUUGUGAUAACCGCGACAACGGGCACGCGACUGACGACGAGACCGGAAUUUAUAGUGCGUGGAUUUAUCUCAAGUCUGUGAUUAUUCUUUCAACGAUUUCUUUCUCACUUGUGCAACGAUUUAUACUUAUAUAUGUAUAAAUAUGUAUAUUUUACACUUAUAAAUACACACACACACACACACACACACACACAUAUAUAUAUAUAUAUAUAAUAUAUAUAAUACAUGUAUAAAGUCGAGUGUGCGAACUUGUUAUAAGUGGUGCCUAUUGCAUACAGGUAUACAGUUGGAGUAGAGAGAUUAUAUAUACAUGUGAAAACUUUUAUGUGCAAUUGUGGAAAUUACGUUAUUACCAGUAUUGAAGUAUCUUCGUUUAGUGUGAAGGGUAUUCUAUUCUUGGUUUAGGUAUUCUAAGUGCCUUUGAAAGUGAUAGCUGUCAUAAUUGUUGUUGUGGAUGAAUUAUUCGACGUAUUGGAGUAUAAUUCAACAAGUUCAUUGACCGUCACCGUAGUGCACAAGUGGAGAUUUCACUGCAGAGACGGUUAUUUAACUCGGGUCAGUUUAAAUCGUUUGCUAGUUAAACCGAGCAAGGCUUCGAUAAAAAUAACAUGAAAAUCUGGCACACAGAGUUUUAGCUCGAUGCUGUCGAAAAGGAAAAUGUUGCACUUUUGGUGAGAAAUGUACGUAUAUAUAUAUAUAUAUACCUAUAUAUAUAUAUACAGUGACGCAGGCGAAGGGUCGAAGAGAAUAUAAAUCUCGACGAAGCAUGCAACAGCAACAUGAACAACAGCACGAAGUUGCUGCGGACUGUUGUUAUCAACAGUGGGCGACGCACCACCACCACCAUCACCAUCAUCAUCAGCAGCAUCAACAUCAGCAGCAGCAGCAGCAGCAACAACAGCACCACCACCAUCACCAACAUCAGCACCAUCAUUCGCAACUGCCGCCGGUACCGUCGCCGAUGCAACAAAUGGAAGCGUGUCUGCAAACCGCCGGAAGAGUGAAACGCUCCCGCAGUCCAACGUUGGAAACGACGCUGGCCCAGGCAUCCUCGGCAGUAUCGCCGUCCUCGUCGAUCGAGUCCUCGCGAAAUGACAACAACAACAACAACAACGACACCGCAACGCCGAACACACCAUCCGACGAAACACCGCCGAAGAGACCACUUCAUCCGGCUCUUUCGGCCGUCGGAAUCGCCCUCGAGGCUCGUCCGCUUUGGGAGGAGUUUCACCAGCUCGGGACCGAGAUGAUCGUGACCAAGGCCGGGCGCAGGAUGUUCCCCACGUUCCAGUGUCGAAUUUUCGGGCUGGACCCAAACACCGACUACCUACUGGUCAUGGACUUUGUACCCUGCGACGACAAGAGGUACAGAUACGCCUUCCACAGCAGCGCCUGGGUCGUAGCCGGACGAGCUGACCCCGUUUCACCCCCAAGAAUUCACGUUCAUCCCGACAGUCCGGCGAGCGGCGCUCACUGGAUGAAGCAGCCCGUCUCUUUCGACAAACUCAAACUCACCAACAACCAGCUGGACGACAACGGUCACAUAAUUUUAAAUUCCAUGCACCGUUACCAGCCCCGAUGCCACGUAGUGGUGGCCCCAUCACCCCCGGGUUCGGCGCCGGAUCCAAGAACGGAGAACUUCAAAACGUUCACGUUCCCGGAGACGAGGUUCACGGCGGUCACGGCCUACCAGAACCAUCGGAUAACGCAGCUGAAAAUCGCGAGCAAUCCGUUCGCCAAGGGGUUCAGGGACUGCGAACCCGACGAGUGCGAGUCACCGACUUCCGGUUCCCAGAGCGUCCAGAACCCCGCGAAAAGGCCGGCGACCGGUUCCGGCAACGCGUUGCCGAGCUACGCCUCCGUGCCCGCGGUUCCGAUCGCCUCGACCAUCUCAGCGGGGAUUUCCGGUAUCCCGAAUCCCGAGCAUCAGUUUUACGCUGCGAGUCCCAGUCACUGGGGCUACCCUGGACAUCAGCCGGCGCACAUGACGUCGCCUCAUCACUACCCGACGCAUCCUCAUCACGCGCAUCCCGGAUCGCAUACGUCGUCUUUGUACGGACCACGGUAGCCCCGCGGAUGAUUCGAGAUAUCGUUUAAUUUUAUCGUCUCAGAUUAUUCGGGAUACCGAUUACAUCCGAUCACACUGCGGAACUUCCUGAGAAACAGCCAUCGCUCCGGAUAUCGUUAUUAUACUUUUGUAUAUGUGUAUGGUCGUUGAUCUGUGCCAAAGUUAAACUGCACUCGUAUAGAUAUACAUUUAGAUAGUUGUAUUGGAUAUAAGGAGUUUGAGUAUAUUAUUUUAUCAAAUCCAUACCACAAGGUAAUAGGUCAUAUUAUAUUAUUAUUACACAGUUUAUUGUAGUAAAUUAUUGAAAACGCUUGGUAAAUGUAACGUUUGUAUGUGUAUAGUGGUAUGACGCCAAAGUAAAUUAGUACCUAUUCUACGUUAUAACUUAUAACAUAAGUAAAAACGAAGAAUGUAUAUCUCGUAUUUUUGAAAUCUUACCGCGGAAAACUCGAAUCACUUCUCUGAUUUAUUCUGUAUUAUUCUUCUCUUCUUUCACGUACAAGCGCACGGAGGAUCGUUCAAAAUAUUAUUCCGGUAUAACGAGUAAAACGUGCGGUUGCACACGCCAGUUCGUUAUACCUAAAGUAUACAUUCACAAAGUGUGCUUUGUGGAGACAAAGUGUCUAUUUAAAAAAAUAAAUACAUGUAUACAUUUAUGUAUGUAUACACACAUUUCCUAUACUAUCAUGUAUAGGGAUCUCAAACGCCCCGUGACACCCUUGGCUUUGCCUAAACUUGAGCUUGACGGUUGAGUUGAGAGUUGAGACUAUACCUUAAGUGCCCUAAUAAAUUAUACUCAAGUAUUUUACCGUUAGAGUUUAACUUAGACUCCAAGAGGACUAAUAAGAAGGCGAACCGAACUUUCUAUAUUAUGCAAUGUGUUACGCAACAAAGAAUCAAAUACAUAUAGUACACAUAGAAAUAUAUAACACUGAG